UAAUACUCCAAAACCCCCCUCUUUCCUUACUCAUUUCACUAACCUCACCAAAAUGUUUCGAUUCCUCUCUCUCCGGCGCUCGCUCCAGUCUCUCCACCACCGCCACACUCCGAAGCACCCAUUUAACCCAACACAGCUCCGCCCAUUAUCUUCUUCCUCCUCCGCCUCCUCAUCAGACGCGGAGCUUCGCAAAUACCUGGGCUACACAGCACUCGUCAUUUUCUCAGGAGCGGCAACUUACUACUCAUUCCCAUUCUCCGACACCGCCAAGCACAAAAAAGCCCAUCUCUUCCGCUACGCCCCGUUGCCCGAGGAUCUCCACACUGUCUCCAAUUGGAGCGGCACACAUGAGGUCCAGACCCGGGCUUUUCACCAGCCGGAGAGUCUCUCCCAGUUGGAGGAGCUGGUGAGGGAUUCUAAUGAAAAGAGGGUUAAGAUUCGACCCGUUGGGUCUGGGCUGUCGCCGAAUGGGAUCGGGUUGGCGCGCGGUGGGAUGGUGAAUUUGGCUUUGAUGGAUAGGGUUUUGGAGGUUGAUAAAGAGAGGAAGAGGGUUAGGGUUGAAGCGGGGAUUAGGGUUCAAGAAUUGGUUGAUGGGAUUAAGGAGUUUGGUAUUACUUUGCAGAAUUUUGCUUCUAUUAGAGAGCAGCAGAUUGGUGGCAUUGUUCAGGUUGGUGCACAUGGUACAGGUGCAAGAUUGCCUCCCAUUGAUGAGCAAGUCAUCAGCAUGAAAUUGGUUACUCCUGCCAAAGGAACAAUAGAGAUUUCAAAAGAGAAAGAUCCGGAAUUAUUUUAUCUAGCUCGCGCCGGUCUUGGUGGCCUUGGGGUGGUUGCUGAAGUCACCUUGCAAUGUGUUGAGAGGCAAGAGCUCGUGGAGCAUACAUACAUGUCAAACAUGAAAGAUAUCAAGAAAAACCACAAGAAAUUGCUGUCUGAAAAUAAGCAUGUGAAAUACCUAUAUAUCCCCUAUACCGACAGUGUUGUAGUUGUGACAUGUAACCCUGUUUCAAAAUGGAAGGGCCCACCCAAAUUCAAACCCCAAUAUAGUCAGGAUGAAGCUCUACAACAUGUUCGUGACCUUUAUAAGGAGUCUCUUGAAAAGUACAGGACUAGAGAAGUUGCAGGUGAAUCUGUAAAGAAUGAUGAACCAGACAUGAAUGAGCUUUCAUUCACAGAGUUAAGAGAUAAACUGCUUGCUCUUGAUCCUCUCAACAAAGACCUUGUAAUAAAGGUUAAUCGCGCUGAGGCUGAGUUCUGGAGGAAAUCAGAAGGAUACAGAGUGGGGUGGAGUGAUGAAAUUCUUGGCUUUGAUUGUGGUGGCCAACAGUGGGUAUCAGAAACUUGUUUCCCUGCUGGCACCCUCUCCAAGCCCAACAUGAAAGACCUUGAAUACAUAGAAGAGUUGAAGCAGCUGAUAGAAAAAGAACAAUUACCAGCACCUGGUCCCAUCGAGCAACGCUGGACAGCUCGCAGUCAGAGCCGCAUGAGUCCGGCUUCAAGCUCAGCCGAAGAUGAUAUAUUCUCUUGGGUUGGUAUAAUCAUGUACCUUCCUACAAUGGAUGCUCGCCAGAGAAAGGAUAUCACAGAUGAAUUCUUCCACUACAGACAUCUAACACAAGCCAAGUUAUGGGACAAGUAUUCAUGUUAUGAACAUUGGGCCAAGAUUGAGGUUCCAAAAGACAAAGAAAAGCUUGCAGCUCUCCAAGCAAGGCUAAGAAAGCGUUUUCCAGUGGAUGAAUAUAACAAGGCGCGAAAGGAGUUGGAUCCCAACAGAAUCCUUUCUAAUAACAUUCUGGAAAAGCUGUUCCCAUUAUCAGAGGCGCUAUGAGAAGCAUCAUUCUUUUCAAUUGGUUAGUCAUUUUGUUCUUUCUUAUUCAUUGUGAGUGCUUAAUAUGUAUCAUUCUGUAGUCAGUCUGCUCUGAAUUGCUCGAGUCUGAGGUUCCUGAUUGUACAUUAAUUUUAGGGAACUGGCCAUAGAAUAAAAUGGUGAAUUCCGAAGUUGAAUCAUAUCUGAUAGAAGUUGUCUAUUUGUCCAAGGUUCAAUGCUAGGUGCACUUGAACUGGAACUGUUAGUAGAAUUUAUUGGAAAAUUCUGGGCCUGUUAAUCUGGUAUUUUAUUUCCAAUAUCUUAACUAUUAUAAGUA